AUGGACGAAGCUUGUCCAGGGAAGAAAAUGCAACCUGUAUUCACUACUGGCCAUGAUGAAGAAGCUGUUGUGGAUAUGGGUAAAAUCAGCUCUACUAUCAAUACAAACUUCGAGAAAGAAGAACUAGAGAGCCACAGAGCUGUGUAUAUUGGAGUUCAUGUCCCAUUUGGAAAGCAAGGCCGUCGACGGCAUAGACAUCGUGGGCACAGGCAUCACAGAAGAAAAAAAGAAAAAGAAACUGACAGAGAGGAUGGCCGAGAAUCUCCAUCAUAUGACACGCCAUCCCAACGAGUGCAGUUUAUCUUGGGUACUGAAGAUGAUGAUGAACACAUUCCCCAUGAUCUCUUCACUGAAAUGGAUGAACUUUGCUUCAGGGAUGGAGAAGAAUAUGAAUGGAAAGAAACGGCUAGGUGGCUGAAAUUUGAAGAGGAUGUUGAAGAUGGUGGUGAUCGAUGGAGCAAGCCUUACGUAGCAACUCUGUCUCUGCACAGCCUCUUUGAACUACGAAGCUGUAUUCUUAAUGGGACGGUCAUGUUGGACAUGAGAGCAAACACACUAGAUGAGAUAGCAGAUAUGGUUUUGGACAACAUGAUUGCCUCUGGCCAGCUGGAUGAAUCCAUAAGAGAGAAUGUGAGAGAGGCUCUUCUAAAAAGGCACCAUCAUCAGAAUGAGAAAAAAUUCAGCAAUCGGAUUCCCCUGGUUCGGUCUUUUGCAGAUAUAGGCAAGAAACAUUCUGACCCUCACUUGCUUGAACGAAAUGGGGAAGGCCUUUCAGCCUCCCGCCACUCUUUGCGAACAGGUCUCUCUGCCUCACAUAUUUCCCUGAGAGGAGAAAACCGUUUGUCAGUUCUUCUCAAUUACCUUCUUCCUUCUUCAAGAGCUGGAACCCCGGCAACCUCAAGGUGUACAACCCCCGUAACUACCCCUCAAAACACACCACCCUCCAGUCCUACCUGCAGCCACCCGCCAACCACAAGUGCCCAGCCAAGUCCACUUCAGGGCAAGGAAUUGCUGGUGUCACCUGCCAGUGAUGAUAUUCCUUCAGUAAUAAUCCACCCACCUGAGGAGGACUUAGAAGUGCAGGAAAGCCAGGAAAAGAAGACAGAGGAAAAUAUUGACAAAACACCAGGGCUGUUAGCAUCUCCGCAGUCAGCACCUGGAAAUUUAGACACUGGGAAAAGUGGAGACGUUAAAGGUACUGGGACAGGAGGAAGCAGAGAAAACAGCACGGUUGAUUUUAGUAAGGAGUCAGCCUCCUGGCACUGUAGUUGUGGCACACUUGGUGUGGGACUCAAGAGGCCAUCUGUUGAUAUGAACUUCAUGAGGAAAAUUCCUUCAGGAGCAGAAGCAUCAAAUGUGUUAGUGGGAGAAGUAGAUUUUUUAGAAAGACCUAUUAUUGCUUUUGUGAGGCUCUCCCCUGCUGUGCUUCUCUCAGGUCUCACAGAGGUUCCGGUUCCCACACGGUUUUUGUUUUUGUUGCUGGGACCAGCAGGAAAAGCUCCCCAGUACCAUGAAAUUGGAAGAUCAAUAGCAACACUUAUGACAGAUGAUGUUUUCCAUGAUGUUGCCUAUAAAGCAAAAGACCGAAAUGAUUUGUUGUCAGGAAUUGAUGAAUUUUUAGACCAAGUGACAGUCCUGCCUCCAGGAGAAUGGGAUCCAUCUAUACGAAUUGAGCCACCAAAAAGUGUUCCUUCCCAGGAGAAAAGGAAGGUACCUAAAUUUCCAAAUGGAUCUACUCCUACAGGAGAGACUCUCAAAGAAGAAGGCCAUCAUGCUGGACCUGAACUUGAGAGAACUGGAAGGCUUUUUGGUGGUUUGAUACUUGACAUCCAAAGGAAAGCACCUUUUUUCUUGAGUGACUUCAAGGAUGCAUUAAGCCUGCAGUGCCUGGCCUCGAUUCUUUUCCUAUACUGUGCCUGUAUGUCUCCUGUAAUCACUUUUGGAGGGCUCCUGGGAGAAGCUACAGAAGGCAGAAUAAGUGCAAUAGAGUCUCUCUUUGGAGCCUCAUUAACUGGGAUUGCCUAUUCUCUCUUUGCUGGGCAACCUCUUACUAUUUUGGGGAGCACCGGACCAGUUCUAGUAUUUGAAAAAAUAUUAUUUAAAUUUUGCAGGGAUUAUGGUCUUUCCUACCUCUCCCUGCGAACUAGCAUUGGUCUGUGGACUGCAUUUUUAUGCAUAGUGCUUGUAGCCACAGAUGCCAGCAGCCUUGUGUGUUACAUCACUCGUUUUACUGAGGAAGCUUUUGCAGCGCUUAUAUGCAUCAUAUUUAUUUAUGAGGCAUUGGAAAAGCUUUUUCAUUUGGGAGAAGUGUAUGCCUUCAAUAUGCACAAUGAUUUGGAUAAACUGACUUUAUAUUCAUGUGUGUGUUCUGAGCCUGAGAAGCCCAGCAAUGAAACUUUGCAGGUGUGGAGGCGUAUGAAUAAGUCUCUGGAAAAUGUAGCAUGGAGUAACCUUACAGUUUCUGAAUGUUUAAAUUUUCAUGGUGUGUUUCGUGGAUCAGCUUGUGGCCGUCAUGGACCAUAUAUUCCAGAUGUUCUCUUCUGGUCUGUCAUAUUAUUCUUUACAACAUUUUUCCUCUCCUCUUUCCUUAAGCAGUUCAAGACCAAACGCUAUUUCCCAACUAAGGUGCGUUCUACCAUCAGUGACUUUGCAGUAUUUCUGACCAUAGUAAUCAUGGUUUUGAUUGACUAUCUUGUAGGAGUACCUUCUCCUAAGCUUCAUGUUCCAGAGAAAUUCGAACCUACCCAAAAAGACCGAGGAUGGUUCAUAGAUCCUCUGGGAGGCAAUCCUUGGUGGACACUCUUGAUAGCUGCUGUUCCUGCUUUACUCUGUACCAUUCUCAUUUUCAUGGAUCAACAAAUAACAGCUGUUAUUAUAAACAGGAAAGAGCAUAAGCUGAAGAAAGGCUGUGGUUAUCAUCUUGAUCUCCUCAUGGUUGGUGUUAUGUUGGGGAUAUGUUCUAUCAUGGGCUUACCAUGGUUUGUUGCUGCAACUGUCUUGUCUAUAAGUCAUGUUAAUAGCCUGAAAGUUGAAUCUGAAUGCUCAGCACCAGGAGAGCAACCAAAGUUUUUGGGAAUCCGGGAGCAGCGAGUGACAGGAUUGAUGAUUUUUGUCCUGAUGGGGCUGUCAGUGUUCAUGACCUCUGUGUUAAAGUUUAUUCCAAUGCCAGUUUUGUAUGGUGUCUUUCUUUACAUGGGAGUAUCUUCAUUAAAAGGCAUUCAGUUUUUUGACCGUAUAAAACUGUUUGGAAUGCCCGCCAAACAUCAGCCUGACCUGAUUUAUCUACGUUAUGUGCCACUCUGGAAGGUCCAUAUCUUUACAGUUGUUCAGCUCACUUGUCUAGUUCUGUUGUGGGUGAUUAAAGCCUCUGCAGCUGCUGUUGUUUUCCCUAUGAUGGUUCUAGCGUUAGUGUUUGUUCGCAAGCUCAUGGAUUUAUGUUUCACCAAAAGAGAGCUUAGCUGGCUUGAUGAUCUUAUGCCAGAAAGUAAAAAGAAGAAAGAAGAUGACAAAAAGAAAAAAGAGAAAGCAGAAGCAGAGAGAAUGCUUCAGACAGAGGACAACAAAAGUGUACACCUUGCAUAUGGAGAAGCAAAUUUGGAUUUUCCUAUAAAAACCCUAAAAUACAGUGUUGAUCCCUCAAUUGUAAACAUAUCAGACGAAAUGGCCAAAACUGCACAGUGGAAGGCUCUUGCCAUGAGUACUGAGAAUGCCAAAGUAACCAGAGCUAACCUGAGCCCUGAAAAACCAGAAAGUGUGAAAAUAAAUGUGGAAGAUUCACCUGUUGUGAAAUAUGUGGAUGCUGAAACAUCUUUAUAGAACUGAACCAAGGGGGAUGGCGUGUAUUUGUGUGUGUGUAUAUAUCACUGUAGGUUAUUAUACCAUGGAAGUGUGAUUUCCAAUUUAAGGAGCGACAUGUAUUUAAUUCUGCCAUUGUUUAGGGCACUGUAGAUAAGCUUGCAUAAUGCCAAGAUUUUCCUACAAGUAAGAUGAGUGGUAAUCACACUUCAGCUAUUUAUUUUAUUGGAAAUUUUAUUUUCAUUUUUAAAUAGGAAGAUUGUAAUGAAUGCAUAUUAUUAUCAAUAAUCAGUAUGUGCAUAAAAGUUAAGUCAGCCUUUGCUGAUGAUUACUGGUCCACAUUGCUUAAAAUUUUGCAAUACCUCUGUUUAUAAUGUGCGCUACAGAAGUUUGUUUUCCAUGCAGGCAAUUACUGCUUGUUUUCGCAGGGUAUACUUUUUUUGUGAUUUCAUAGAACAAAUAUUAAUGUGCUGUUGACAAGAACUACUGUGUUUUAUGUCUCCACUACAUCCUAGUGUUUUCUGGAUUCUGUUUCUCCUGUUUUACAGAAGUGGCCUGGAGCCCUAAGUCAGGUGGUUAGUUAACCCUUAAAAUACCUAUAAAUACCCUAUUCUGCUACUUUUUUUUUUUUAAAUUCACUCUUGAUUUUUCAUUCUUGUCCAGUAACAGUAUGAGUGCAGUAAUUGUACUUACAGUCCCAAGUCAGUAUUUGCCAUUCUGGACACUCCAUGUUUACACAAUAUAAAUUGGAUUUACAGACAGCAGUUUGGUCUAUAGAAAGUUAUACAUACUUACCACACUAGUACUCUUGAAUUCUUUUGUUCCUGUUUUCACUUACAUUUUUUCCACGGACUUUCAGAGUCUGAUUUACUCAGCUCUGACUGAAACUUUAGAGUAUUUCAUGUCCUCAUCAAACAUAUUUCUUGCUUAAUUAAUUUUUAAAUUUACUGUGUAUUUGAUUAAAUUAGCUGUAGUUUAAUUCUGUAACAGGUUUAUGAUCAGUAUUAUUUUAUGGAUUACAAAUUGCUUGUGGUAUUUGUUUGUACAGUUCUGAUCCUCUCCAUUGUAAAGGGCAUAUAUAAUAGCACACCAACUUAUUUUUAAACAUUUUAUUUAUUUUAAUUAGUAUAAAUUUUUAUCAUGUAAGAUGAAAAAUAAUUAUUCAUUUAUUAAAAUAAAUGGGAAUUUUGGGGGCUUACUGAUAAAGAUGCAGUCAGUGCAUUUAUUGUACUUACAUUUGCAAGUUCUAGUGUUUAGCAUUAUAAUAUUUGAAAUAAUGAGAAUUUUAUGUAUAAAUGAAAAUCUUGAUCA